AUGCCACGCAACCUGACUUACAGUCCGUCUCUACUGUCUCACCGGUCUCGGUUUCGCACAUGCUCAGGGUUGAGAAGAGCCCACGUCAAGUCCACGGCAGGAAGUCAAUCUUCGGCCUCCAAUACGUUAGAAGACCGAUUGGGUUCGGCACUCAGCGUUCAUUGUGUUGGCUUGCCACACCGAUCUCAAGUAGCUUCCAGUAGAAAGGCGCUCGGGGUCUACUUGCCUGCUUGA